AUGCAGUUGACUGCAGCGGGCGGCGGCGGGGAAAGGCCCACUAAUUCUCAGGAGCCAGAGCCCUACCCCAGCACUCUCAGCGCCACUGCAACAGCCAGCCAGACACCAGUUGACUUGUUCCAUCAAUUGACGCUGGAUCCACUCGGCCACCUCUUUGUCGCCAUCAAAGUGACCGGACGGAGCGUCCGUGACAACGUCCAGAACGUCGUCGCCCAUCUCCAAGUCCUCGCGCAACGAGGCUCUCACCCGGCCUCACCCGCGCAAUCCUCGCAGAAUGAAGCGUCCAUCUCGCCCUCUCGACCACCAACCGUGACUAUGUGGUCGUCAUCCGGCAGCGGCAAGAAGCCUCCAGCUGCAGUAUGUUCCCCGUCGCCCCUCAUCGCUCGUUACCCGUCCGUCAUGUCGUGUCAUUUCAUCAUCAUCAGCGUCGAAGUCGGGCAACAUUUGUCCCCUGGUGCUAACAGCCCACCCAGCAGCCGCAGGAAAUGGUCCAGGUCGCUAAUGCCUUCGAGCACAGACCGCUCCGAGUGCGUUACCCCAGCGUCUUUCCGUCUACUCUGGCAGCGCAGACCAGAGACUCACGAUAGUUGCAGAUCAGCCUCCCCCUUCUGGCGGCCCCCGGCUCGAGAACAUGCUCCUAAGCGAAGUGUGACGACGCCUGCAGGUCGCGACCCCAACUUUGUCGUUGGCGCAGCAUAUUCGCAUGCUGAUAUGCUCAAGUUCGACUCAUUAAACCUCUCUGGCAACCGACCCAAGACACCUCCUUCGACUUCUGCCACAAAGGGCGGCCGCUUAAGUGAAGCGACCCCUCCAACACGAGGGUCAACCGGCGUCGCCAGCUCCCCGCCGUUCAAAAGCUACAUCAAUUUUCUUUCGAAUACCAACGAUGACUGGAAAGCCGACGAAGAUGAUAUGCUUGGGUACGAUGACGACGAUGGCGACGACUUUGGGCUGCCCAGCCUGUCCAACAUGAAGAGACGGUCCAGGAAGGUGGCGUCGCAAAACAAAGCCAACACCGGAACCCUAUCAACAGCAUUGGAUGGGACAUUUGGCCUAGGGGCAAGACUCCAUUCGGACAGUGCCGACAUUGCCGUCGAGCGACCAUCACUAACAUAUCCAAUGCCGAAAAAGACCGAGGGCAAAAUCCUCCGCCCGCAAUAUAAAGAUAUUCUCCAAGGUACUCACGCGCCCUUUCCCACAUCACAAAAGAAACUUCUCUCUAACCAGAAGAGGGGGGAAAUGAUAGAUCCCGCCAAUGCCUUGCACCUCAUCAAUUACCCCUCCACCCCAACCAACGCAACUCCCAAAGAAGCCGAUGCCAUCAACUCUCGAAUCACCAGAAUCAACAAGUUUAAGAAGCUCCUCCAAGCGUCGUCCAUAUCACUGCCCGAUCUCCGAGCGCUAGCCUGGUCAGGCGUUCCCGAGGAAGUGCGCGCCAUGACGUGGCAGCUCCUACUCAGCUACCUGCCGACCAACAGCGAAAGAAGAGUAGCAACACUUGAGCGCAAGCGCAAAGAAUACGUCGACGGCGUGCGGCAGGCCUUUGAACGGGUUGGCACCAACGCAGCCUCGGCCAGCCGAGCAAGAGGCCUGGACGAAGCCAUCUGGCACCAAAUCAGCAUCGACAUUCCGCGGACAAACCCGCACAUCGAGCUCUACAGCUACGAGGCCACGCAGCGCUCCCUCGAGCGCAUCCUGUACCUCUGGGCCGUGCGCCACCCGGCAAGCGGCUACGUCCAGGGCAUAAACGACCUCGUCACGCCCUUCUUCCAGGUCUUCCUCGGCCUGUACAUUGCCGACCCCAACAUCGAGGCCGGCAUGGACCCGGGCCAGCUGCCCAAGUCGGUGCUCGACGCUGUCGAAGCCGACUCCUUCUGGUGCCUCACCAAGCUCCUCGACGGCAUCCAAGACCACUACAUUGUCGCGCAGCCCGGCAUCCAGCGCCAGGUCGGCGCCCUGCGCGACCUCACCGCCCGCAUCGACGCCACCCUCUCCAAACACCUGGAGCAAGAGGGCGUCGAGUUCAUCCAAUUCAGCUUCCGCUGGAUGAACUGCCUCCUCAUGCGCGAAAUAAGCGUCAGGAACAUUAUCCGCAUGUGGGACACCUACCUCGCCGAGGAGCAGGGCUUCUCCGAAUUCCACCUGUACGUCUGCGCCGCCCUCGUCGUCAAGUGGUCCGACAGGCUGGUCAAGAUGGACUUUCAGGAAAUCAUGAUGUUCCUCCAGUCGCUGCCCACCAAGACGUGGACCGAAAAGGACAUUGAGCUGCUGCUCAGCGAGGCCUUCAUCUGGCAGAGCCUGUACAAGGGGUCUGCGGCGCACUUGAAGGGCGGGCCUAGCAAGCCCCUACUGGCGAAUCUACAGCUCUAG